CUCGCCUCUAUAAAAUCCCCCACCCAUCUAGGGCACACCUCCCAUCAGCAGAAGCCGCCGACGCCGCCGCCGCCCGAGCGCCCUCCGUUCUCCUCGCCGAAGCGCCCGCCGCUCCACCGCCGCAGCCGCCAUGGGUAAGGUGCACGGAUCGCUGGCUCGCGCCGGAAAGGUGCGGGGCCAGACGCCCAAGGUGGCGAAGCAGGACAAGAAGAAGCAGCCGCGCGGCCGCGCCCACAAGCGCAUCCAGUACAACCGCCGCUUCGUCACCGCCGUCGUCGGCUUCGGCAAGAAGCGCGGCCCCAACUCCUCCGAGAAGUAGAUCUAGGUCGUCUCGCGCCAGCCCUCCUUUUUUUUUCGUGUUUCCCAGUAGCUGUGAUCCGUUUAUUCAGUAUGCAUGCUAAGAAGAAGACCUGAUCUAGUAUCUGUAAUUGACUGUGAUGUUGGUAAUGGAAAUCUCACUGCAUUGUCCAGUUAA